GGUUGGCGGGGGCGAGGGCGGCAGGGAAGCGGUUGGAACCCCGGGAAGGAAAGGAGCGAGGCGGCGGUCGCGGCCAUGGCACGGGUGUCGGUCCUGGGAGUGUCGCUGCUGGAGAACCCGAGCCCCUUCGGCCACCCGCUCCGCUUCCAGGUGCAGUUCGAAUGCGGAGAGGCGCUGCCUCACGAUUUGGAGUGGAAGAUCAUCUAUGUGGGUUCUGCAGAGAGUGAGGAAUAUGACCAAGUUCUUGAUUCAGUGCUGGUGGGACCUGUUCCAGCUGGGAGACAUAUGUUUUUGUUUGAAGCUAAUGCCCCCAACCCUGAUCUGAUCCCCGAGAGUGAUGCUGUGGGAGUUACAGUAAUACUCAUCACUUGUACUUACUUGGGGCAGGAAUUUAUCCGUAUCGGGUACUAUGUUAACAAUGAAUAUAUGGAUCCUGAACUAAGGGAGAAUCCACCCCUCAAGCCAGACUUUUCCCAGUUGCAGAGGAAUAUCCUAGCCUCCAAUCCCCGAGUCACCCGCUUCCACAUCAACUGGGAUAGUCCUAGAGACCAGAUGGACAAUAUUGAAAAUGUAGACCCAGAGCCUGAUGGCUUCCUGCCUCCCAACUGUGCAUACAUCAAAGGGUUGGCCCCUUCCAUGGCUCUUCAGCCUGAGAAUUCCAUGGACUGUAUGUGACCCAAGACAAAGACCUAAGGACCUUGCGUAGAGAAGGCCAACUGAAAUGUUUAUGUGAUAACUGGGGGAGGGAUUUGCUUAUCUGAUCAGUGGAGAUGAAUGACACAUCUCUCUAGACAAGACAUUUCAGAGCUUGCUUCCUUCCUGUUGGGAUUGUGACAGAUCUACUUUGCUGCCUGUAGGUCUUCUAUACUGUUUCUUAAUGAGGACUUGAACCCUCCUGCCAUUCCUGCUUGUCCUGGUGACUGAAUAAACAAGGAUCCAUUGCCAUAUUUCCUGAAGUUGGGAGCAGUGUGGGCUGCUUUGUUGCUCUGAGCACCCAAAUUAGAAGAAUCUUAGGACAAUGAGCACUUUCCUUCAGAACAGUUCCAGUCUCUGGUCUUUUGAUUUUAUCAUUUAAUUCCAGCAGAGAGCUAAGCUUUGGAAGAGUUGCAUCUGCCACAUAGCUGGGUUCUUGAUUCUUCUUCUCUUAAGAGCCAAUAUUCUCUCCCAGUUAUGUAACAGUUAUUCUGAAGUUAGGCUUGGCAUAAAUGGUGGACAAGUAAGAGGAAGUGUCCCGAAAGGUGCCCUCUCUGAGCCCAGUCAGUUUGAUUAGGCAGUGGGUAAAUUUAGAAAUCCACUUGACAUCUCUUGUAUUGGACAUGACUUUUUCAUGAAGUCUGCACUUGAGGUAGUCUUGGUGUUGAUUGAUAUAUAAAGUCUUGUUUCAGCAAGUAUCCCUGUAAAUGUUUUGCCCUAUUAGAAUGGCCUUUCAGAUAGGACAAAACUAUAUCUGCAUAAUUGAGGGUUUUAUAUUUCGUCCUGCUUUCGUUUUUUCAGUUUUCUUACCCUGUUACUUGGCCUGUCUAUUUCUCUCACUGGCAUUAUAGAUAUGUGCACUGCACACAGGUUUUUUAAAGUUUGUUCACAUUGUGAAGUGUCUGUCCUACCAAUAAAACAUUUGGAAUAAAUUUGUGUGAAUUCUGAGUGGUAUACCUUUCAUAUAUCUUAUGAUUUUCUGUUCAUUUUGACAAAUUUAUGCUUGGAAAGAUUAAAGGAAUGGCAUAAUAACAUUCACAUUUUACAAACAGGAAUGAUGAAUCAUAUUUCAAUUACUGUGUGUGAUCAAUUGGUCUAUUAUAGCUAUGGGGAUUUAGUAUGAUAUGGAAUGACUAGUUUAAGUCAGCUAUGUGGGACAAGUUUUGUCUUAGAUGCAGAUUUUUAAAAUCUUUUUUUAUAUAGGAAAUUUAUUUUUUCCUUGUGUUUAAAAAGAAGUUGCAGAGAGCAACAAUGGGGGAAGGUAGCAAUUUAGUUCUUAGUAAGUCUGUCAGCUCUUUCAUCUCUGACUUGGUCAGAUUUUACAUAUCUAUAUAUAAAAGUCAAAAUACGUAUGUACCAAACAUGGCUCCUACAUGGCUUGAUGGAUCUGGACCAAACUUGGUAAACAUACCUUUCACGAUACAACAAAAAAUACUGGUGGAAUUUGGGGUUACUGAUAAGAGGAUGAUGAGAGUUGUAGCCCAUCAUUCCCACCCAUGAACUGGUGUUGCUCUUCCCCAAACUGGUCAGAUGGCUUAGCCUACUUGCCAGGCUGCAUCUCCCAAUAUCCUUACCCCUUUGCUAGGCAGGCUGGGGAUGACAGGAGUUACAGCCCAACAAGAAGGCUGAGCUAUCUGCCCAGUUAGGGGGCCUGGCCAGAUCUGGAGCUUAUGGGAGUUACAACCUGACCAGGUCAUGGGAUGGUGAGAGCUGCAGCCCAACCAAGUUUUAGAGGAUGAUGGGAGUUCUUAGUCCAACCACAUCCAAAGAUCUGCAUCAUUGCCACACACGAGGGUGCGUCUCCUAACCGAUCAUAGAGCUCAGCCUACUUGCCAGGCUGCAUCUCCCAACAUCCUGACCCCUUCAUUAGGCAGGUUGGGAAUGAUGGGAGUUGCAGUCCAACAUGAAGGCUGAGUCCUCUGACCAGUUAGAACAACUGAGUUCCAGCCCAGAUGGGAGUUGAUGGAGCUGAUGGGAGUUGAAGUCCAGGCAAACCAUGGGUGAUGGGAGUUGCAGCUAGCCUGAUUUGGGACUGAUGGGAGUUACAGCCUGACCAGGUCUUGGAUUGAUAGGAGUUACACCCAAGGGCUUAACAUUGAGCUGCAACCCCAAGAGGCCCCUGGGCGCUUUUAUAGAGACUUAAAUCAGCAAGGUGUGGUCAGCACCUGAGGGAUUGUGUGUUGUUUCUGUAGUUUGUUUUUGUCCUAUGUUUCAUUCAAUGUAGAUUUUAUUAAAUAAAAAUAUUUUAAAGAAU